AAGAUUAGAAAGUGGGAGUCGCGGCUCUCGUUCUUCCCGCUGCUGUCUCUCUGCUUGUUUUCCCCGAUCCUGCUUCCUUUCGCUGCCCAAUGCAUCCGCGGCGCCCCGAGGGCUUCGACGGCCUGGGCUAUCGGAGCGCCCGAGAGGAGCCCGGAGGCUUCGCGGCCAAGCCGGACCUAGGCCACUGGGUCACUACCCCGCCUGACAUUCCUGGCAGCCGCAAUCUCCAUUGGGGUGAAAAGACGCCGCAGUUCCCCGCAGGCACGCCUUUGGUGGCCGCUGGGCUCAACGAGGACCCGUACCUAGGAGGCGCUGGCACCAACUCCGAGCAAAUAAAUCGGUUUGCAGGCUUUGGGAUUGGUUUAGCAAG